AUGUCCAACGAAUCAAGCCCCCGAAGCCUGACCGAGGAGCAGGAAAAGGUGCAGCGCGAGGGCAUUCGCCUUCAAGACGAACCAGAUUACAUGACAUACCCAGUCGCCAUCGCGUGUCGCAAGAAGCUUGCUUAUAGCGAAAAGAUGGCACGAGAAAGCCAAGACCCCGAUGCGAUUCAGGAAUACCAAAACCUGGCUGAAUGGGGCGACCUUAUUCAGAAACAAAUCCUGUAUGCCAGUAAUGGCGAGCGCGAGAUGAUCGGCCCCGAGGCCGCGAGGGCGCGAGAGGAGCAGUUUGUUAGGGAGAUGGAGGUCCUGUCCCGGAGAAUCUUGUCGGCCCAGAACCAUACGACCACGAAGGAUGAGGCUGGGGAAGAUAGUGUCGUUGAUGAAGAUGCCCCAAGGAAGAAGCGAUGCAAGGGCAAGAAAGCUACCCAGAAGACCCAGGCGAGUGACUCUCAUCCCGUUGACGGCAUCUUUCGAUAG